AUGAAAGCAGCUUCCAGAAUCUUUGCUAGCAGAUCGGCUGGCAAAGCUCCACUUGUGCCGGUGGUCCCUGGAACGCAGUUAAUUGCAGGCGUCUAUGUCUCAUGCAAGGUGGUGGAGACAGGGUAUGAAGUGGUGCGCAUCGCGUAUGCAAUCGUAAGCUCACAGAAGCCUGGCGCUUCAUACACGAACCAUUACUACUUCGAUGGCGCUUUCAACUAUGCAAACGUUACUUUGGGCCCCACCAAGGUUAUGGCACGUCCGCCCUACCGAAAGCCACCAGUGUUUAGUCAGAGCAAUAGCAGCAUGCCAACUGCACCGACGCCGCCGGACACAGAUGGGCCGCGGUCCAGGGGUAACCGUCGAUUAGUCGAUCCUAUCAUAUCCUGCUUGACGACGCACAAAGGGCUGGAUACUUAUUUCAAAUACGAUAAAGGUUGGGUUACCCGUGUUGUGGCGACUGGCCGCCAGCGAGGAGUGGCGAUGGGAAUUGAUCCAUUGUCUGCAGGCUCAAACCGAGGAGGGUGCUGUACCCGUGCCUCGCACAAACCAGCAUACCCGAGAAAUGAACAGCUCUGCCAGAAUAAGGUUAUGGUCAACAAAGGUACAAGUUCUUAUCCAAAGGAGGAUCUGGCUGAUUCUCAGCGAAGCGAUCAGCUGGAUCGCGAAGUGCUGCGGCAUGGAGUAUAUAAUGAUGCUGAGCGCAGGCUCAGCAGUCUGAACGUAGCACGGAACCGAGGCAACGAAGCGAGCUGCGGAAAACGAAGUCUUCGAAUGAUCGAGUAUCCAGCCUGCGGUGGCAACGCGUGGGGAGCAAGAUUGCGUAACCAGAGGGUGAAGAGUAGUGAAAGACCGUCCUUCCGCAGUUUGAGUGGGUGA